AGUGAACAUUUUGUGACAAAGUUAUUAAAAGUGUUAAUUUAAUGCGGACAAUAUUAAUUGUGAACAUUUAACAAUUUGUGUACGUGAGUCCAGACGGACCUACUUUGAAAACUUUGAACAUUUGUGUUAUUUCUACAAAUCGGCUGUGUAAUUUUCGUGAUUUAUCAUGACAUCAAUGGAGGAACUCAUUGAUCAACAAGAGGACACUGCGAUUUUAAUUCAGAAGGCACAAACAAACUUCAAGAAAGCACCUAAGGCCAGAUUAACACUUGGUUAUUUAAAAGUACGAAUACAAUGUAUAGACGAGUACUGGGAUACAUUUAAAAACACGCACACAUCAUUGUUAAAAGCUACCAAAAGGGAAGAACGGGCAUGUUUACCGUACUUUAUGAAUGAAAGCUACAGCGAGUGUGAAGAUAAUUACCUAUCACUAAAAUCGGACAUGCAAGACUUGAUUAACAUAUUGACAAGUACGGAAACAUCGAACAUUUCAAUGACAAGCGAACAUUCUAGAAUUCAAGGAGCAGGAGCAUCAGUGGACGUGAGGCUACCGAGGAUUGAUUUACCUAAGUUCUCCGGUAAUUACGAAGACUGGCAAUCGUUCGAGGACACAUUCUAUUCGCUCAUACAUAACAAUACGGCGUUAAGUAGUGUUCAAAAGUUACAUUAUUUAAAGGCAUGCCUGACUGGUGAAGCCAGUGCUACAUUGAAGUACUACCAAGUCACAGAGAGUAACUACGCACCUGCUUUGGAAACAUUAAAAAAGCGCUACAGUCACAAGCGACUUAUAGUCAACACAAUCUUAAAACGUUUAUUCAUGCAGAGGAAAGUACAAGCACAGUCCCCAACUCAACUGAAGGUCUUCUUAGAUAUAACAAGAGAAUGUUUGAGCGGGUUGAAGAAUUUGAAUAUAACAACAAGCACAUGGGAUCCAGUUUUGUUAUUCAUAUCUACACAGAAGCUGGAUACUGAAACUCAUAAGGAGUGGGAAGAGCAUGUCAGCUCAUCAUCAUCAUCAGCAAGCUUAGAUGAACUACCAACAUUCAAGGAGUUCUUGACGUUUCUCGAAGGCAGAAUUCAUACUUUAGAGCUCACCGUGGCAAUUCCAAAGCCGAUUAAAGAACGCACAUUCCACGUGGCAAGCACAGAAGAUAAAAUAUGCGUAUUCUGUAAUAAAGAGAAUCACACGCUUUCACACUGCAGAGAGUUUGCUAAGCUGACACCCACGAACAGAAGUGAAUUUGUUAGAGACAAAGGAUUGUGCUACAACUGUCUGCUACCGGGACACCCUGUAUUCUACUGCAAGCUGCAAACCUCAUGUCGAAUAUGCCGGAAACGCCAUCAUUCACUUCUACACGAACGAGUUAAACAAGAUGUCACUGGUAAUAAAGAACAGAUAAAUGCAACAGAGGCAGCCUUGUACACUGAUGUGGAGGAUGAAGAUAACAUUUUAGAAGACAAAGAGCAUGAAGUCGCAAUCUCUUCUCAUUUCGUGAGCAAAAAAUCUACAGCACUACUGGCAACAGCACUUGUGCCAGUGAGAAAUGAGGCAGGCCAGACUACUGUACUACGAGCACUGAUAGACCAAGGGUCUCAAGCAACGCUAAUAAGUGAAAGAGCAACUCAACUACUCAAACCAAAAAGAACACAAGUUCAAGGAACUGUAAAGGGUGUUGGUUCAACUACUACGCAAAUCAACCAUGCCGUACAAAUAGAGCUACGAUCAAGAACUGAAAAUAAUUUCAACAUCAACGUGAGAGCAUACGUCAUGGCUACAAGUGUAACGUCACAACUACCAAACAAACCAAUACCAUGUGAAACGUGGAAACACUUAGAAGGAAUAACACUGGCUGACCCCAGCUUCAAUAAACCAGGAAGAAUCGACAUGUUGCUGGGAGUCGAAGUCUAUGCCAAGAUAUUAAAGAAUGAUGUAAUCAAAGGCCCACCAGGCUCCCCAAUUGCACAAAACACAAGCCUGGGAUGGAUCUUGUUUGGAAAUGUAGAUGUACAGAAAGAAAAUGAACAACUAAUUUCACUACAUUGCCUUGAUGUGGAUAUGGAUGACAUGCUCAAAUCUAUGUGGGAAUUAGAUGAAAAUAAACAGCGCACACUCACAGCAGACGAGAGAUUAUGUGAAGAGAUAUAUAGAACAACCCACUCAAGAGACAAAGAAGGAAGAUACAUAGUGAAAUUACCCAUGAAGUACAAAGAGCCAAGAGCUACACAAGGUGAAACAAGAAACAUAGCUCUCAAAAGACUACAACAGAUGGAAAGAAGGUUCGAGAGAAAUUCAGAGCUACACCAAGAAUACAGAAAAGUUAUGGAAGAAUACAUAGAACUGAACCAUAUGGAAGAAGUACCACAAAGGGAUAUGGAUAAACCUGCUGUAUAUUUGCCACAUCACGCCGUGGUAAAGGCAGAAAAGGAUACCUCAAAGACGAGAAUUGUGUUCGAUGCAAGUUGCAAGGGCACAAACAAUGUGUCACUCAAUGAUGAUUUACUCGUAGGACCACCUUUACAAGAAGAUCUGAGAAACCUCAUCAUAAGAUGGAGAAUGAAACCCAUAUGUCUGGUUGCCGAUGUACAAAAGAUGUACCGAGAAGUUAAGGUAACUGAAGAAGACGCUGAUUAUCAAAGGAUACUGUGGAGAUCAAACUCAUUAGAUGAGGCCAAGGACUACAGGUUGUUACGAGUGACAUUCGGAACAUCAUCAGCACCGUUCCUUGCUGUCAGAACCUUAAUGCAAAUAGCUGAAGAUGAAGGUAAAGAUUUUCCCGCGGAAGCUAAAACAAUUAAGGAAGACUUCUUUGUUGACGAUCUUAUAUCUGGGAGAGACAAUGUAGAAGAAGCUCUUCACGCAGCAAUCACUAUAACAGAAAUAUUACAAAGAGCAGGUUUCAUUCUUAAGAAAUGGUCGUCAAAUAGUGAAGAAUUACUGAAUCAACUGAGACCACAACAAAUAAAUUCUGAAACAAAUAUAGAUAUCAAGACAGAAGGAACAAUAAAGGCGCUCGGGUUGACCUGGAAUCGAAUCAAAGAUGUACUUACCUAUCAGCUGCAUCUGCUUCCUCCUCCUGAAACAAUAACAAAAAGAAAAAUCCUUGCUGAAGCUCACAGACUAUUCGAUCCGUUGGGUUUCCUUGCACCUGCUAUCAUACCUGUAAAAAUAGUAAUGCAGAAACUGUGGCGCGAUGGAGUCUCCUGGGACGAAGAAGUGGAACCUGAAAGAAAAAGAGAAUGGUUAAUGAUUAGAGAAAGUUUAGAGUAUGUCAAGGAAGUUGAAAUUGAGAGAUGGCAACAUACCUGUGAAGCCGUAGCAGAAAACACAACAGUUCACGGCUUCUGUGAUGCGUCCAAUAAGGCGUAUGCUGCUGUAGCGUACAUGAGAGUCGAAACCGCUGAAGGCAACUAUGAGACCAGUAUCAUAGCAGCAAAAAGUCGAGUGGCACCAGUCAAACCAGUGUCACUUCCAAGAUUGGAACUGUGUGGUGCCGUGCUGCUGUCUAGAUUGUUAAAGCAAGUUCAAGAGGCCACCAGAAUACCCAGUAGCCGUAUAUUUGCCUGGACUGAUUCUGAAAUUGUAUUAUCAUGGCUAUUUGGUGAUCCUGCGCGUUGGAAUGUCUUUGUGAGUAAUCGCGUUGUUGAGAUCCUAGACAACACUGGUAACCAGAGAUGGCAUCACGUUACAUCAGAAAACAAUCCAGCUGAUGUAGCUAGUAGAGGAUUAAUGCUAACAGAACUAGUGUCCAACACAUUAUGGUGGAAGGGUCCAGUGUGGCUACGGAAGAAAGAGAUACAAUUCACUAGACCGAAAACUCAAACAGAAGAACAGAGAAAGAUACAUGCAACACAAGAAAUGGACGUUAUACCAAACUUUGAAGAAUAUGACACUCUGCAAGAACUGAUAAGAGUCGUGACAUAUGCCAGAAGAUUUCUAAAUUUCAAAAGACACAACGAUACAGAAAAAUCUUUUACCACUGAAGAGUUGGAAGAAACAUUACGAAAGAUAAUAAGUACAGUACAGAAAAUAGAGUUUACAAGGGAAAUAGAUGCAUUGAAGGAGAAUAAACCAGUGCACACCACGAGCGCAUUACGAUCACUCACUCCAUACUUGGAUACUGAAAAUCUCCUCAGGGUGGGCGGUAGACUCAGGAAUGCAGAUAUACCAGAGAACACAAAACACCCGAUUAUCUUGGGACACAAGAACACACUGGUUCCUUUACUCGUGGCCGAUGCUCAUAUUAAGACCAUGCAUGGAGGCAUUCAACUGAUGAUGGCUUAUCUGAGAGCCCGUUAUUGGAUCAUAAGAGUAAAGAGCAUAGUAAAGUUACAUAUUCACAAAUGCUUAGCGUGCGCCAAGGAAAGAGCUGCUCAAAGAACGCAAAUAAUGGGCGAUCUGCCAAGGGCCAGAGUGACCCCAACGAGACCGUUUUUGCACGCUGGCGUAGACUUUGCUGGACCGCUCAAUGUGUCAAUGGCGAAAGGAAGAGGCACGAAAUGUUUCAAGGCAUAUAUUUGCAUAUUUAUUUGUAUGAGCACAAAGGCGAUCCACUUGGAACUCGUGGGAGACCUAACUGCAGACGCAUUCCUCGGUGCAUACAGGCGAUACGUGGCAAGAAGAGGAAAAUGCAGUCAUUUGUGGAGCGACCAUGGCACGAAUUUUGUGGCAGCCAACAAGGAAUUGACAAAACUAUGGAAGGAAGCCAAUUUAGAAAUGCCAGAUCAUGUGAAAGAUAUGCUCAUUGAAGAAGGUACCCAGUGGCAUUUUAUACCACCCUAUAGCCCUAAUUUCGGUGGUUUGUGGGAAGCAGGGGUGAAGUCUGUCAAAUACCACCUGAAAAGAACCUUAAAUCACAAUCUUACCUUCGAAGAUAUGUCGACAACACUAUGUCAAAUUGAAGCUUGUCUGAACUCCCGGCCCCUGUGUCCCAUUGAUACCGUGGAUGUAGACAAUAUUGAAGUGUUAACGCCUGGCCACUUCUUGAUCGGCGAAGCUCCCAUAAACGUACCAGAACCUGAUUUAUGUGAUACCAACUUGAACCGAUUAACAAGAUGGCAAUUGACACAAAGAUUAGUGCAACAUUUCUGGCAUCGAUGGCAAGCAGAAUAUUUGACCCGGCUCCAAAAUCGUCCGAAAUGGCAAAGACGCAGCACAGAAUACGAAGUCGGUGACAUCGUGCUCCUGAAGGAGGAGAGCCUGCCCCCGGCCAAGUGGGCCCUGGCCCGCGUCGUGCAGAAGCAUCCCGGCCAGGACGGCGCGUGCCGAGUCUAUAGUGUCAAGUGUCGUGGAAAGGUGAUAGUGCGAUCCGUUACGAAAUUGUGCGAACUGCCAGUGAACUGUGAGUGAGAUUACGUGGACUGUUAAUUUGAUGAACUUUUAAAUGAUUAGUGGUAUGCAUGAUAGUUUUAAGUAAUAUUACAUAAAAGCAUGGUCAAUCGUUAUUUAGUUUUAUCACCAGUUAAAUUUAUUGUGUGCUUACUUUGCAGAAAUUUUAAUUAAUUGCUUCCAAAGUAAAUAGGAUUAAGACAGAUUUGGUAAAACCUUUAUGUAAGGUUUUGGUGGGCGGCAUGUUGAUUGUUAUAUCUUAUACUUAUUGUGAUUUAAACUAUUUACCUACUCAUCUAUUUGUGCCUAGCUUUCUUGUUUAAAUUUGAAAACGCUCCGUGCGGCUAUAUUACUCAUCUACUUAUUUUGUAUCAUCAAAUUCAGUGUGUAUGAAGUUGGUCAGUUAGUUGCAAAUAAAUCAUCGUUGCUUA